GCAGACAAGACAUAGAGACUAACUAAUAUUUGCCAACUACAGACAACAUUCAAAAACAAUUUAGCAAACUGUAUUUCAUGCUCAGUUUUCCUACAAACAAAUAAACAAUAGAAAAUCAAGGAGGACUUUAAGGACUUAUUUAACACUGAAUAUCAUUCCAACAAAUCAAACCAGGAUCUUCUCGCUCUUGAAAAGAUGUCUGAUAACAUAUCAAAGGAUCCUCAAAGGAUUCUCUGUGAUAUGUGCCCAGAGGAGGACAGGAAACCUGCACGGAAGACCUGCAUGAAAUGUGAGAUCUCCAUGUGCGUUCAGCACCUGCAGGCCCACCUGACCACACCUGUGUUGCUGCAGACUCAUCCUCUGACUGAACCCAUGGCUUUGGAUGGCAACAUUAAAUGUCCUCACCAUGGCAAACUCCUGGAAUACUACUGCUUGGACGACAUGACCUGUGUGUGCGUUUCCUGCGCCAUUGAAGACCAGCACCGCUUACACAAUAUGAAGACCUUCCCCACAGCCCACAAGGAGCUCACGGAGAAACUCGGAGCUGAGCAGCAAGUAUUAAAGGAGAAAACUGAUGAUGAUAAUAAAAGCCCGGAGAAGUGGGAGAAGAGAGAGAGAGAGAAACUGGGUCGCUGUAGUGUGCGUCUUAUUGAAGCAGUAACUAACCUGCGUGACAUCUCUCUGACCAGUGUCCAGAGUUCAGUCUCUGGCCGUAUGGUGUCCAUCAGAACCAGUUCGAGCAGCAUGCAGGCAGCCCAGAAAGAGACGGACACCUUCAAAUUCCUGCAGAUGUAUUCUCAGGUGCAUCAGGAUGUGGAGAAAGCCAAAGCUGUGGAUCUGAGGAGAGGGCUGGAGCCUGGAAAGGAUCGUGACAAACUGGUACAGGAGAUAAGGCGGAAUGGUGAAAAGAUGGUGAAGCAAGCCUCCCAGUUUGUAGAAUCAUUGUUAGCUCUGGUCGACCCUGAAAACCACCAGGAGCCCCUUACCACUGGUUCAGACCUGAUCUUUGAACCACAGAGCUUUACUCCCAGCAUGUCUCUGUCCAAAGACAAGCGCAAGAUUUUCUACCACAGCUGGCUGGGACAAUGUUCUGCCACUGUUCUGAUCAGUAGUACCCAGUCAGCUCCCAACUUUCAGAGGUGGGUGGUCAGUCUCACCAAAGACACUGACUGGAUGGUUGGGUUGUGUGACAAACAGUCCACAAAUAACUUAAAGAAAGGACCUGUCUAUGGACUGUUCUGUAAAGAUAACCGGCUUGGCUAUCUUACAACAGAGUAUGAUGAUUUUCCUGCUGUACCAUCCAAUUCAGAAGAGGAAGAUGGUAUAAUAAUCUGUAACCAAAUGAGUGUUUCUUCUGCAUCGCUCACACAUCAGGGGGAGGAUGGAAAUGAGUCUGUACCACGACCUGAAAAGGUGGAGGUGCUUUGGAACUUUAUUGGCUCCACCCUGUCCUUCUUUAGCAGAACUGGACAGUAUCAGAGAGAAGAAAUCAUCACAAUCAAGAUGAGUCACAACAACAGGAGCCUGGCCCCUUUUGUCCAACUGGGAGUGGAAAAUAUCCAAUCCAGGCCUCCGCAGAACUGGCAGUGCUCAUGUGGGCAGGUUUACAUCAGAGAUACGACAGGGUAUCGCAGGAAACAGCUCUCCGGCUACAACUUCAGGUGUUCCUGUGGAACAACUGUUGGUAGCCCGUGUGUCACAGACGCGGUUUGUGAACUUUUGCAAUAAGUAGAACUCUGGUGAUCUGUUGUUUGCUGUCAUUUACUGAGUAUAAAUGUACUUGACUGGUGUUAAGUUGCUGUUAAAUUACUACAUUGUAAUAAAUCAUGAGUCAUAAACUUGUAAUUACAAGCAUGCAAAAUACACUCCGUUUAAGAUAAGGUAAUAUAUGUUAAUUUGUUUUAGAAUCUUUUAACUUGAUCAUUUUCUUUAAACUGAAUUGUCUUUUUCUUUCUGCCUGUCAAUUUAACGUGCACAUCCCCAUCUGCUGGUGGUUAAUGUGUCACUGUUAAAUUACUACACAUCACUCUGUACCUGACAACUCAGUGGUAUUUGUAUUCUAAGUUGUAACACAUUUUUAAUUUGCAAUAAAACCAGAAAAAUGCU